AAUACUAUUUUUAUCAUUUUUCAUAGAACAAGAUUAGCGAAAUAUAAUAUAUAUAUAUAUAUAUAUAAGCUAUAGGUUUAUGGUUUCUACGAAGACAGACUGACAAAAUCAACCAAUAGGUUAAUAGUUCCGCAUAUAUUAUAUUUUGCAUAAUUGCGAUAUAUUUAUAGUAUUAUCGGCGGUUAAUGUAUUUUACAAAAUUUGUUCUAUAGAGUACUUUAUCUAAAAGGUAAAGCAGUACAUAACAAUAAUAUUAAUCAAUAAACUAUACAACAGUUGGCGCAUGGCUGACUAUAUACUCAAUACUAUCACAAGAUCUCUACUCCGAACAGACUACUAGCUGAAAAUCGUUCUUCGUCUGACGAGAGUUUCCUUGCACCUACCUAUGAAAUAUGGAGAGAAAUCAGACAGUUAUUACCAGUAAGUGCAAUACACUUCACCUCAGUUUCAAGUUUUAUAAAAUACCUUGGAAUACUAUAAGAAUAAACUGUGGAAAACGAAUUGACACUGGCAAGGGGGCGUAUUGAUUAAAUUACGGACUUUUGACUAUCCUAAUGACUAAUAGGGAUUUUUUACUCUUUUUGUAUUAAUUAUAACUAAUGAAUUAGCCCGGAUUUUAACACAUUUUUUUUUCAUUUUUAUUCAGCGACGACGACAACCACGACGGAGGAAAACUCUGGUAUAAUGGAUAGAGCCUAUUACAGAGGUAUUCCUGCUGUUACGAAGGCUUUUGAAGCAAUCUUAUCUCUAAUUGCAUUUAUUCUUAUCAUGGUGGCUCCAUCUUGUGUCAAGACAUCGAUUACAGCUGGAUAUUUCAAGUUUGUUACCAUAACAGCUUUCAUAUUAGUUUGCAUAGUAUGGCUAUUAUUUCUCUGCAAAUUACAAAGAAGAAUAUUUAGGUGUACAUGUAUAAAUUGGCCAUUUUUAAUGUUUGCCUUUUACGGCAUAAUAUGCGUUUUCUAUUUUUUUGGAGACCUUAUUUUGGCUGUUCAAGCCUGCAAUGGAGUUGAAAAAGCUAGUGUAGCUUUCGGUUUCUUGGCCCUAUUUGCAUUUUUAUUCGAUUUUGGUUUCUCCGUUCGAGAUUAUAUAAUGGCUAGGAGAGGCUUGAACAAAGCCAUAAGAGAGACAACGAACGUUGCCGAAGGAAAAUAUUAAAACUGUUAAAAUGUUCAAAAGAAAGUUUGCAAAGUUUGCUACUGCUCAUAUAGAAUGAAUGAUUUAUGAAAGCUACGGAACAAAUUGAAUGUCCGCUAGGGAAAAAAAGCACCAUAUGUACAAAAUAAAGACUAAAAACUGCAUUUAAUAUGCUAAAAAAAAGAAAUCAAUUUUUGCCCCACAUUUUAUUAAUGUAUUUACAAAGUUUCUUCUCAGUUUUGCCAAAUAUGCUUGUAAAAUGUAUAAAUAUAUAGCUCUGGUUCAAUUUGCAAAGAAUUCAUUAAUAGAAAAACAUGCAAAAAACAUACAGUUCGUAGAUUUUUGCAAUAGAAAAAUAGACUUUUUCAUUGUUCUACAAUACACUUCGGAGUUUGAAAAAGUUUAAUAGUUACUUACCAACCGAAUAUCUUGCAGUCAGUUGUCC